AUGAGUCAGGCAUUUCCCGGGGAAUCGGAGCAGCCACGCGCGGCCCGGGAGCCCGGAGCUGCAGCGGCGGCGGCGGCGGUGGCGGCAGCUGAGGCGGCGGCGGCGGGACUGCCACCGCGGCGGCCACCCGCUCCCCGGGGCGCGCAGCGAUCAUGGAGAGGGCGGCCCAGAGCGCAGACGGCGGCGGCGGCGGGGGCAGCAACAGCAGCAGCCGUAGCAGCAGCCGCGCCACCUCGGCGGGCUCCUCGCCCUCCUGCUCGCUGGCCGGCCGAGGGGUGGCCAGCCGCUCUGGGGCCGCGGGACUGGGCGGCGGGGGCAGCCGCAGCAGUCCCGGCUCGGUGGCCGCUAGCCCGUCCGGAGGAGGCGGCCGCAGGAGGGAGCCGGCGCUCGAGGGCGUGCUCAGCAAAUACACCAACCUCCUUCAGGGCUGGCAAAACAGGUACUUCGUGCUGGAUUUUGAGGCUGGCCUCCUGCAAUACUUUGUGAAUGAGCAGAGCAAGCACCAGAAGCCCCGAGGAGUGCUGUCAUUGUCUGGAGCCAUCGUGUCCCUGAGUGACGAAGCUCCCCACAUGCUGGUGGUGUACUCUGCCAAUGGAGAGAUGUACAAGCUGAGAGCUGCUGACUCGAAGGAGAAGCAGUUGUGGGUGACUCAGCUUCGAGCGUGCGCCAAAUACCACAUGGAGACAAGUUCCAAGACUACUCCAGGCUCCCGCAGCCGAAGCCUCACUUUGCUCCCCCAUGGAACACCCAGUUCUGCGUCUCCCUGUAGCCAGAGACAUCUCAGUAUGGGCGCCCCCGGUGUUGUCUCACUCACGCGUCACAAGUCGCCUGCAGCUGCCCGAAGAGCCAAGAGUCAGUAUUCCGGCCAGCUUCACGAAGUCAGAGAGAUGAUGAACCAGGUGGAAGGCCAGCAGAAAAACCUCGUGCACGCCAUCGAAUCCCUGCCAGGCUCAGGCCCGCUCACCGCCUUGGACCAGGACCUGCUUCUCCUGAAGGCUACCUCCGCUGCCACCCUCAGCUGCCUCGGGGAGUGCCUCACCCUGCUCCAGCAGAGUGUGCGCCAGGUGGGCCCACCCAGCCACAAGCCAGGAGCCUCAGAGACCAUCCUGGGAUGGCAUGGGCCCACGUCACAUUCCACAGACCAACUGAAAAAUGGGACCCUUGGCUCUCUGCCCUCCGCCAGUGCCAACAUAACAUGGGCGAUUCUCCCGAACUCUGCAGAAGAAGAGCAUAGCUCACAGCCGGAGCCAGAGCCAGACUCAGGCCCUGAACUUGUUUUGUCUGAAGAAGAACAGAGCGACAAUGAGGACAAGGGAGAGACGGAGCCGGGCGCCGUGGAGGAUCAGCGCAGCGUAAUCCUCCACCUCAUCUCACAGCUCAAACUGGGCAUGGACUUAACCAAGGUGGUGCUCCCCACAUUUAUUUUGGAGAAGCGGUCCUUGCUGGAGAUGUACGCAGACUUUAUGGCGCACCCUGACCUGCUGCUGGCCAUCACUGCCGGGGCGACGCCAGAGGAGAGAGUCAUUAGCUUCGUGGAGUAUUAUCUUACGGCCUUCCACGAGGGCCGCAAAGGCACCCUGGCCAAGAAGCCCUACAACCCCAUCAUCGGCGAGACUUUUCACUGCUCCUGGGAGGUUCCUAAGGACAGAGUCAAGUCGAAGUGGACUUCCCCCCACCCUCCCAUUAGUGUUCACGAGCAUCCGAUGGCCGAUGAUCCUUCUAAGAGCUAUAAGCUCAGGUUUGUGGCUGAGCAGGUAUCCCAUCAUCCGCCCAUCUCCUGCUUCUACUGUGAAUGCAGGGAGAAGAGACUGUGUGUCAACACUCACGUAUGGACCAAAAGCAAGUUCAUGGGCAUGUCCGUGGGGGUCUCAAUGAUAGGGGAAGGUGUGCUUCGGCUCCUGGACCACGGGGAAGAAUACGUCUUCACGCUGCCCAGUGCCUACGCCCGCUCCAUCCUCACCGUCCCGUGGGUUGAGCUUGGCGGGAAGGUCAGCAUCAGCUGUGCCAAGACUGGGUACUCUGCCACUGUGACAUUCCACACGAAGCCCUUCUACGGUGGCAAAGUGCACAGGGUCACAGCCGAAGUGAAACACAACCCAACCAACACCAUCGUCUGCAAAGCACACGGGGAGUGGAACGGCACCUUGGAGUUCACCUACAGCAACGGGGAGACCAAAGUCAUCGAUACGACCACCCUGCCUGUCUACCCUAAGAGGCUUAGACCCCUGGAUAAACAGGGGCCCAUGGAGUCCAGGAACCUCUGGCAGGAAGUCACCCACUACCUGAGGCUUGGGGACAUCGAUGCAGCCACAGAGCAGAAGCGGCGCCUGGAGGAGAGGCAGAGGGUGGAGGAGAGGAAACGGGAGAGCCUUCGCACACCAUGGCGACCCAAGUAUUUCAUCCCGGAGGGCGAUGGCUGGGUGUACUUCAACCCUCUCUGGAAGACACACUGAUGGGCAGAGGUGCAGUGCUUCCCUUAAUAGGCCUGGUUUUGUAGGAAUUAAAGUGGUCCAGUAUCAA